AGUUGCCCUGAAUAUCCAUGAGAAGACCAUAACACAUUGGAACAGAAUUAAGCCAUUUGGCCCAUCGAAUCUACUCUGCCAUUCAGUCAUGGCUGAUCCAUUUUCCCCCUCCUCAGCCCCACUCCUCGGCCUUUUCCCCAUAAUUUUUGAUGCCAUGGCCUAUCAAGAAACUAUCAAUCUCUGCCUCAAAUAUACCCAAUGACCUGGCUUCCGUAGUUGCCUGUGGUAACAAAUUGCAGAAACUCACCAACCUCUGGUGAAAGAAAUAUCUUUGCCUCUUUGCUUUAAAUGGACACCCCUCUACCCUGAGGCUGUGUCCUCUUGUCCUAGACUCCCCCACCAUGGGAAACAUCCUUUCCACAUCUACUCUUUCUAGAGCUUUCAUCUUUCAAAAGAUUUCAAUGAGAUGCCCCCUCAUCCUUCUAAAUUCCAGCAAGUACAGUCCCAGAGCCAUCAAACAUUCCCCAUAUGAUUACCCUUUCAUUCCCAGAGUCAUCCAUCUGAACCUCAUCUGAACCCUCUCCAAUGCCAGCACAUCUUUUCUUAGAUAAGGAGCCCAAAACUGUUCACAAUGCUCAAGGUGAAGCCUCACCAGUGCCUUUUAAAGCCUCAGCAUCACAUCACUGCUCUUAUAUUCUAGACCCCUUGAAAUGAAUGUUAACAUUGCAUUUGCCUUCCUCACCACCCAAUCAACCUGCAAGUUAACCUUUAGGGUGUUCUGCACAAGGACAUCUCAGAUAUUUCGAAUUUCUCCCCGUUUAGAAAAUAGUCUGCAGGUUUAGUUUUUUCUACCAAAGUGUAUGUCCAUGCACUUUGCAACAUUGUAUUUCAUGUUCCACUUUCUUGCCCAUCCUUCUGUAGCCUUCCUGUUUCCUCAACACUACCUGCCCCUCCAACAAUAUUCAUUAUCAAACUAUUCAAUAUCCCUGCAACCUUGGAAACAAAGCCAUCAUCUAAAUCACCUAUACAGCAUAAAGAUAAGUGGUCCCAACACUGACCCUAUGAGUCACUGCCAGUCAACCAGAUCCUUUUAUUCCCACUCACUGCCUCCUACUAAUCAGCCAAUGCUCUAACCAUGGGCUUUAACUUAAUAAGCAGCCUCAUGUGUGGCAACUUUUCAAAUUCCUUCUGAAAAUCCAAAUGUAUAACAGCCACUGCUUCCCCUUUAUCUGUCCUACAUGUCAUCUCCUCAACGAAUUCCAACAGGUUUGCGAGACAAGGAUUUCCCUUAAAGAAACCACAAUGACUUUAUCCUAUCUUGUCCUGUGUCCCCAGUACUCCAUAACCUCGUCCUUUAACAAUUGACUCCAACAUCUUCCCAACCACUGAGUCCAGGCUAACUGCUCUAAAAUUUCCUUUCUGCUGCCUCCCUCAUUUGCAAUUUUCCAGUCCUCUGGAAGCGUCCCUUGAUUCUGGCCUGGUCCUGGAGGACUGGAAGAUUGCAAAUAUCACUCUACUCUUUAAGGGAGGAAGGGAAAAGAAAGGAUAUUAUAGGACAGUUAGCCUAACAGUGUUUGUGAAAGUGUUGGAGUCCAUUAUUAGGAAUGAGGCUUCGAGGUCCUUGGAGCCUAAUGAUAUAGUAAGUCAAAGUCAGCAUGGUUUCUGUAAAGGGGAAUCUUGCCUGACGGACCUGUUGGAAUUCUUUGAGGAGAUGACAUGUAGGACAGAUAAAGGAUAGAGAGAUAUAGGAUAGAUCUUGCCUGACAAAUCUGAGUUCUUCGAGGAGAUGACAUGUAGGACAGAUAAAGGAUAGAUAGAUAUAGGAUAGAUCUUGCCUGACAAAUCUGAGUUCUUUGAGGAGAUGACAUGUAGGACAGAUAAAGGAUAGAUAGAUAUAGGAUAGAUCUUGCCUGACAAAUCUGAGUUCUUCGAGGAGAUGACAUGUAGGACAGAUAAAGGAUAGAUAGAUAUAGGAUAGAUCUUGCCUGACAAAUCUGAGUUCUUCGAGGAGAUGACAUGUAGGACAGAUAAAGGAUAGAUAGAUAGAUAUAGGAUAGAUCUUGCCUGACAAAUCUGAGUUCUUCGAGGAAGAGAUAAGCAGAGUAGUCAAAUGAGAGGCAGUGGUUGUAAUUUACUUGGAUUUUCAGGAGAUAUUUGAUAAGGUGCCACACAUGUGGUUGCUUAACAAGAUAACUGGCAUUAUAGGAAAGAUACUGGCACAUAGAGCAGAAUGGCUGUCAGGCAGGGGGCAGUGAGUGGGAAUAAAAGGGCCCUUUUCUGCUUGGCUGCCAGUGACUAGUGGUGUUCCAGGGUCAGUAUUGCAACAGCUGCUUUGCAUGUUGUUCGUCCAUGAUUCGGAUCAUGGAACUGAUGGAUUUGUGGAUGAUACAAAGAUAGGUGGAGAUAGGUAGCGCUGAGGAAACAAUGAGAUUGCAUCAGGACUUUUGGAAGAAUGGGCAAAAAUGUGCCAGAUUGAAUACAGUGAUGGGAAAUGUAUGAUAAUGCAUUUUGGUAAAAGGUACAACAGUGUGGACUAUCAUCUAAAUGGAGAGGUUCAAACAUCAGAGUUGUAGAGGACUUAGCCCUCCUCAUGCAAGACUCCAAGAAGGUUAAUUUACAGGUUGAGUCUGUGGUAAAGAAGUCAAAUGCAAUGUUGGCAUUUAUUUCUCGGGGAAUAAAAUAAAAAAGCAAGGAGAUAAUGUUAAGCCUUUAUAAGGCACUAGUCAGGCCGAAUGUUGAAAUGACCGGAGAGGGUGGAUAGGAGAGGAUGAUUCCUAUGGUGGGGGCAUCCAGAACUAGAGAACAGAGCCUCAAAAUUGAGGGAGGACUCUUUAGAAGAGAGGUAGCAGGAAUGGUAUUUUUUGGGCAGAGAGUAGUAAAUCUGGGAAUGCUCUGCCACAGUCUGCAGUGGAGCCUAGGUCUGUGCGUAUAUUUGUGGAAGUUGAUCAUUUCCUGAUUGAUCAGGCGUCAAAGGAUAUAGUGAGAAGGCAGGUGUAUGGAGGUGAGUGGGACCUGGGAUCAGCCAUGAUGGGAUGGUGGAACAGACCUGACGGGCUGAGUGGCUUAAUUCUCCUCCUUCAUCUUAUGGUCUUAUGCCAAAGUCCAAUGAUUCUUGAAAGUUCAUAACUAAUGCCUCCACAAUCUCUACUGCUACAUCUUUCAGAACCCGAGGGUGCAGUUCAUCCGGUCCGGGUGACUUGUGUAACUUCAGCUUUUUGAGCACCUUCUCCCUUGUAACAGUAACUGUAUUCACUUCCCUUCCCUCACACCCGUCAACACCUGCCACUCUGCUCGUGUCUUUCACAGUGAUGACUGAUGCAAAAUACUCAUUUAGUUCAUCUGUCAUCUCCUUGUCUCCUGUUAUUAUUUCUCCAGCCUCAUCUUCUAAUGGUCUUAUAUCGAUUCUCAACUCUAUUUUUUCUUUUUAUAUGUUGAAAAUGCUUUUUCUAUCCCCUUGAUAUUGUUUGCUAUCUUGCAAUUUCUUUACUCAACCCACAAGGAUUCUCCAUCUUCUGAUCCAAUGUCACAGCUUUCUAUUGAUUUGAUGCCAUUCUUUACCAGCAGUUCCACGUCAUCCCCUCUGCUGACCUUCUUAUCCCUCUGAUACGACGUGUAAUCCUGGACAUUCAGCUCCCAACUACAACCAUCCCUCAGCCACGAUUCACUGAUGGCCACACCAUCAUGCCUGACAAUCUAUAUAAGUGCAAAAAAGAUCAUCCACCUUAUAUUUUAUACUCCAUCCAUUGAGAUAUCACACUUUGAGUACUGUAUAUGUUAUUUUUUUGACUCAGCAACUCUAAUUCACUGAUGCUCACUCUGCUGUCUGCAAUUUCGUCCUCUCAUCUGUCUGUCCUUCUUGGCGGUCUGACUGCAUGAUGUCUUUGCGUUUUUGCCAUCCGUCCUAUCCUGGUUCCCUUCCCUCUGGUUCCCAUCCCCCUGCCAAAUCAGUUUAAACCCUCCCCAACACUUAUAACAAACCUGCCUGCAGGAAUGUUAUUCCCCCUCGGGUUUCUUUUGCCACAGUCGUAUCUCCCCCAGACCAAUGAUCCAAGAACCUGAAGCCCUGCCCCCUGCAUCAACUUCUCAACCGUGCAUCUAGCUGCCAAAUCAUCCUGUUUUACCUUCACCGGCACGUGGCACAGGUCCAAUCCGGAAAUUAAUACCCUGGAUGGCCAGCUUCUCAGCUUUUUGCCUCACUCUCUAAAUCCUCUCUUCAGGACCUCUUUGCUUUUCCUUCCUAUGUCAUUGGCACCAAGAUGUACCAAGACAUCUGGCUGCUCUCCCUCCUCCAAAAUGCUGUGGAUGUGAACCGGGAUGUCCCUGACCCUGGAACCUGGGAGGCAACAAACCAUCCAGGUGUCCCGUUCACAUCCACAGAAUCUCCUGUCGAUUCCCCUGACUAUUGAUUCCCCAGUCACUACACUCCCCUCUACUCCCUCUUUCCCUUCUGCACCUUGGACCCAUGCUCAGUGCCAGUGAACCUGGUCGCCAUGUCAUUCCUGUGGAAGGUCAUCCCCCACAACAGUAUCCAAAACGGUUUACUUAUUAUUCAGAGGAAUGGCCACAGGGAUGCUCUGCACGAACUGACUUUUAUCAUGUCCAUGUCCCCUGACAGUCACCCAACUACCCCAUCCUCCUGCGACAUCGGUGUGACCCGCUCCCUGUAACUCUAACUGAUGAUCUCCUCACUCUUCCGUACAAGCCAAAGGUCAUCCCCAGCUGCUCCUCCAGAUCCCCAACAUGGUCUUCAUGGAGCUGCAGCUGAAUGGUCUUCAUGCAGAUGUAGUUCCCUGGGAAACUCUGACUUCAACAUCCAGCACUAAGACUGCACAGCCGCCAUUUAAUCUACAUUAAGUACCCCUGACACAGCAAAAAAAACACUUAACAGAAACUUAUCUGGAAACUUCCCCAGACCCAACGCCUCUUCCGAGCUGAAGCCUCCUUUGAGCCAAAGCCUGUCACUCGCACUCUCACCACUGGCCCACUCUCAACAAUGGCGGAGCGCUUGGCCCUUCUCUACUUUUAUUUACAACUCUCUGCGCUGCUCCUGGCGCUGAUUGGGACGCCGGAAUGACACAGAAUACCCGCUAACUCUCCUUUUCAACGAACAUCUCCGACCUGCCAUAAACCUCCUCGCUGUGCGGGGCUCCGCCGCGGACGGGGCCGCAGGAAUGACCGAUGCUGAGGGCCGCUGGGCUCUAAACCUACCGGGACAUCUGAAAUAACCUCAGUAGCGGCCGUCAGCAUCGUCCUCCAGAUACUGCAGCUUUAGCAAAGCAUCGCCCUUCUCCUCCCGACCUUGGAGCAGGGCUUGUUCCCCGCCAGCACCCAGUGCUAUGGCACCACUCACCAGCCCGGAGGCCACACGCUCAGCAGAUGCCGCCGUGGCUGCGGGCUCCUCUACGGUAGGAGUAUCCUCCAGCUCUGGGGAGACACACUCUGAGCAUCCGGGCUUAUCCGGAGGGUAAAUCCAUCCCCACGUGUGACCCCUGGUCGCCUUCAGACCACAAAUGUGCAGAGGCACGCUGACAUCCAUUUCGGAUGUGUCCACAGCCUCCGGCACCACCUCCCCUUUCCCGGCCUUUACUGGAACUCAGAGGCCUUGGGCCCCCUCCAGGUCGGGAUUAACAGGAACCGUCCGCCCCUUCGCAGGGGAAGAAGCCUCGGGGUGUUUUUCCUUGCCUUCCUACCUCAUUUUCACCCGUGUGGCUCCCAUCACCGACGACCAUCGGCAAGGCAAGGGGAGAAGGGGGGGGUGGUGACAGGAGGAACAGGAAGAGGGGAGCAGCGGGGGAAGCCCAGCGGCAUCGGCUUCUGCCUUCGUGAUGGAGUUAGCAGCCUGGCGGUUACGAAUAUGUCCGAACUAUUUGCAUCGCGGGCGGCUGGUAGCCAUGGAAUCGGACGCCCCACAGAAUCUCUCAAUCACUUCUACCAACAGCGUGAACAAUUCCUGGGUGAAUAUGAAGGAAGGGAUUCCUACAUCGAUCCUCUGCUCCGUCCAGAGUGUCCCAGUGUCUAAUCUAACGUGGAGACAUCUCGGUGUCACACUGAACACAACAAGUUCCAGCAAUGAACUGUGGCUGGUGUUUCCUCAGGUGACCCCCCAGCAGGCUGGAGUCUAUCAGUGUGUGGCGGGGAAUGAACACGGGACUGCGGAGAGGGUCCUCACCCUCAGUGUGGAGUACGCCCCACAGAAUCUCUCAAUCACUUCUACCAACAGCGUGAACAAUUCCUGGGUGAAUAUGAAGGAAGGGAUUCCUACAUCGAUCCUCUGCUCUGUCCAGAGUUUCCCAGUGUCUAAUCUAACGUGGAGACAUCUCGGUGUCACACUGAACACAAGAAGUUCCAGUAAUGAACUGUGGCUGGAGUUUCCUCAGGUGACCCCCCAGCAGGUUGGAGUCUAUCAGUGUGUGGCGGAGAAUGAACACGGGACUGCGGAGAGGGUCCUCACCCUCAGUGUGGAGUAUAAGCCUGAGAUUUCUCGGGACCCAGGAUGCACUCGGACCCCCGAUGUCAUCACAUGUGUGUGUGCGGCCAGAUCAAACCCACCCGGAGAGCUCACCUGGCACCUCCCCCUCGCCAACCUCAGCGGGAACCAGACGCACGGUCGUUUCCAGACGUGGCAGGUGGCAGACGGGCAGCUGGUGACUGGCACGCUGACCUUGGGUGUGGGCGAGGGAGAGGGGGAUGUGACCGCCCUCUGUACUGUCCGAAACCAACAUGGAGAGGUCAUGUUCGCGGUGUCCCUGUGGAUGAAAGGUGGGGUCUCUGCUGUCUGGAUCACAGUGUUACUCACGAGCAAUGUCAUUCUCAGUAUGCUACUGGCUGGGUUCUUCAUCUCCAGGUACAUCCAGAAACGGGAUGCACGGACCAAGGAGACGGCCUUGGAGAUCCUGGACAGCACCGUCAGCUCCACUGCACACUUGACCGCACCUCAGGUACAGGAGACGGAGAGGCAGAGGACGAGCCAGAUCCCACGGGAAGUUUCACCAGUAAUGCCCGUUGGAGAGGUGGAGGAGUGUGACCCAGUGUACGCCAGCCUGCGGGAACUGCCCAGCGGUGGGGGUCCUGUUCGCAGGGGGGAGACGGUUGUGUACGCAGCUUUGAAAUUCCAGUCAAUCGGGCCAGCCUGAAGGGUCGCAGCGGUGGUGGGCGAAGGGGGGGAGGUUGGGGAGAGAGGCUUCUGGUUCUCCGGGAGAUGGCCAGUGCUGUAGGGAACAUUGCAGCCAACUACACAGCAGGAUCCCACAGACCACUGGGUCCCACAGACCCGGGUUACCACCUACUUUCUAAUCAUGUUCAUUCAUAUCAAGCGAAACUGGAGACUCGCUGAUUCAGACAAAUAAAAUCACAUUGCUUUUAUUCAGGGGGCGCAGGGUGCACAGUGAAAUGACAGAAUCGCUCAGGGAAUGCCGCUUGAGAGUGGGAGGAGCUAUUCAGGGGGGAGUACAGUGGAUCACUGUUGGGAAGAAGGACCUUGGUUCCCAUCAGCUGAGGGGUGGGGGGGCCAUGGCCGGUAUUCAUCCCUCUACUUAGAGAUGGCUUGGGUCACCCUCGUUGCUGUGGACUGAUUACCACAUUCCCCACGUGACAUCAGUGAGCGGACUUCAAGAUAUCUGAGUCCUGGGGGUGGGGGGUUGUGGGGAUAAAUUCAGACUGUCCCAGAAGGCUGCUGGUUCCCUCCACCAGGUUACCACCUCAUGUUGGAGUCACAGACAGAGGCAGAAUAACUGGGUCUGUGAGGAGGACAGAGAACAUGUGGGGGUGUGGAGUGGAUGUAAUGUACAAACACGUGUGUGGGCCCAGACUCUGCAGCUCCAAUAUCAUUUGGGACAAAUCUCUGCACUGUGCACAGGUUGCUGAUGGUUACAACGCAGGUACACUGGGCAUGUGAAGGGAAACACUGCAUUAGCAUUAAUUGAUCCAAGUUCAAGGACAGAGAUAUCUUGCCAAAAUCAUACGUGCUCCUGAAACAUUGACCUGUUUCUCCUUGCACAGAAGGUGCCUGGAUGGUUGGAAUAUCACAGCCAGCUCUGGGCUCCGUGUGAAGGGGAGUUUACUCGUGGGGUGGUGGGGGCUCAGACACUGCCUGUGUUUAGUGAUAGUACUGAUUUGUUGGAUAGUAAUGGAACCGGUGGGCAUGGGGUUAGGGGAGGGAAGUGACGAUCAGGUCAAUAAUCAGUUAUAUUAAUUGAAUAAUGGACCAGAGACGAUCUUGUCCUGAUAUUACGGGUUAUGUGGUUUUCUGCUGCUGUAGUUCACCCACUUCAAGUUUCUACCUUUGCGCACACAGAGAUGUUGUUCUGCACACCACUGUUGCUACUGAUGGUUAUUUGAGCUACUGUCACCUUCCUGUCAGCUGAACCAGUCUGCCCAUUCUUCUCUGAGUCUCUCAUUAACAAGGUAUUUUCAAAAUUGCAAAAUUAACAAAAUUGCAGCUCACCAGUUUUUAUUUUUUUGUUUGUUUGUUUUCACACCACACGAUGUAAACUCUAGAGACCGUUGUCCAUGAAAAUCCCAGGAGAUCAGCAGGGUCUGAGAUACUCAAACCACCCUGUCUGGCACCAACAAUUAUUCCACAGUCAGUCACUUAGAUCACAUUUCUUCACCACUCUGAUGUUUGGUGUGAACCUCUUGACCAUGUCUGGAUGCUUUUAAGCAUGAAGUUGCUGCCAGAUGAUUGGAUGUCCCUAAUAGAGUAAUCACUGAGUGCAUGUUGCACAGAGGAUUUGUCUAAUGUUACAUUUAUUAAAAGUGGGAUUAAGCACA